AUGCCUAAAUUUAUGGAUUUGCUCUACUUACUGAAUCCACAAGAAUUACAAAACUUAUCUUGUUUAUUUAGUCAACUUGUUGAAUCUUAUCAUCACACGAAGCAAUUAGCUGAAUGUGAAACUAAAGAAGAUCAAAGAAUUCUAAAAAAAGAAUUACAAAAGUACAAGAUUUGUGAAAAAUAUUAUAAUCAGAUCUUUGCAAAAGAUAUCUAUUUAGACUAUUUAAGAGAUAAAACAUCUGAUUAUCCUCAAAAAAGAAGUCGCAAUUUAUUAACAUUAAAUAAUAGCUCGAUUUUAAGUGAUACUCUAAAAGAAUCUUCAACCGUUGAUAACAGAAUUCAAGUAAUAAUAAAUAAUGAUCUUUUAACACAAAUAGAUACUUUGAAAACUUCUUUAGCUAAUCUUGUAACUGAUCAUUCUAAUCAAUUACAAAUUAUUCAAGCUAAAAAUAAUAGAAUUUCUAAAUUAGAAAAUGAAUGUGAAUUUCUUAAAAAACAAAUUACUGAACUUAAUACUAAAUUAAAGCUUUUAAGCUUAUAUCAAAAUCAACUAUGUCAAAAUAAAAAUUUCAAGCAUGUAACUGCUAUAGAUGCAAUUUACAAAUCACAACAUAGCAAAUAUGUUUCUGAAAUAAAUCUUGCCGCAUCUGCAAUUAAGUAUUCUAUUGCUCGAUCAAAACUUAUAGUAGAUAUUGAUAAUCAUAUUACUGGUGGAGGAGGCUAUACAAAAUUUAUAAAUUGGAUUGAAAGUUUAGCGAUUAAACCUAAACCUUUACCUGAUAGAUUUUUAAUUUUAGCUUUUGAUAAUAAACAAAAAAGCCAAAAAAAUUAUUUAGAUCAGGGUCACAAUACGAAAUGCACUUUGCUUAGUGAAAAUGAUAUUGAGCAAUUAUUUUAUUUAAAUAAUGAUAUGAAAAACAAGCUUGAAGAAGAACUUAAAUAUUUUAUUAACGAAAUAAUAAAUAAUUUACUUGUGGAAAAAUCUCAAGAAAUAAAUGAAAUUGAUCAGCUUAUCAACAAACAAAAUAAUUUAACUAAUAAAAUGAAAAAAUGUUCGCAAUGUUUAACACUAAAUAUUGAUAAUAAAAAGCGAAAUUGUCCUAAUUGCAAUGCUAAAUUACCAAUGCUCACUUCUAUAAAUCAAAUAUCAUCUUUUUAA